AUGCCUCCCAAGAAGCCCGUUCAGGAAGAAAAGAUCCCCCUCGGCAGGCCGGGCAACAGUCUGAAGAGUGGUAUUGUCGGCCUCGCCAACGUCGGCAAAUCCACUCUGUUCCAGGCCAUUACCAAGUGCAACCUGGGUAACCCUGCUAACUUUCCAUAUGCUACUAUUGACCCUGAGGAAGCCCGCGUCAUUGUUCCCGAUGAGCGCUUCGACUGGCUUUGCGAAAAGUACAAGCCCAAGUCUGUCGUCCCGGCCAAUUUGACUGUCUAUGAUAUCGCUGGUCUGACGCGAGGCUCCUCGACCGGUGCCGGUCUUGGAAACGCGUUCCUGUCGCAUAUCCGUGCCGUCGAUGCCAUCUUCCAGGUCGUGCGCAGCUUUGACGAUGCCGAGAUUAUUCACAUUGAGGGCGAUGUCAACCCCACAAGAGAUCUCGACAUUAUCAGUGAGGAGCUGCGGCUAAAGGAUAUCGAGUUUACCGAAAAGGCGCUCGAGAACCAGAAGAAGAAGACCCGUAUGGGUGGCCAGAGUCUGGAGCAAAAGAAGGCCAAGAUUGAGCAGGAUAUUAUCGAAAAGAUUCUAGCUUGGCUGCAAGAGGGCAAGGAUGUCCGCAAGGGUAACUGGAGCCCCAAGGAGAUCGAGGUCAUCAAUCCUCUGUUCCUUCUCACAGCCAAGCCCGUCGUCUACCUCGUCAACCUGUCUGAAAAGGACUUUGUCCGCAAGAAGAACAAGCAUUUGCCCAAGAUUGCCGAGUGGAUCAAGGAGCAUGCCGCGGGCGACCCUAUCAUCCCGAUCUCCGUGUCAUACGAGGAGCGUCUGACACGCUACGAGACCGAGGCCGAGUCGCUCGAGGAGCAAAAGAAUGUCGGCGUCCCUUCGGUGCUGCCCAAGCUCGUCAUCCAGAUGCGUAAGACGUUGCAGCUCGGCAGCUUCUUCACCUCUGGCGCCGACGAGGUCCGUCAAUGGACCAUUCGUAACGGCACCAAAGCCCCCCAAGCGGCGGGUGUCAUUCACACCGACUUUGAAAAGACCUUCAUCCAGGCCAUCGUAUAUAACUUUAGCGUCCUCAAGGAACUCGGUGACGAGUCCGAGGUCAAGGCCAAGGGCAAGAUGAUGACCAAGGGCAAGGAUUACGUUGUCGAGGACGGCGAUAUCCUCCUCAUCAAGGCCGGUGCCGCCAAGGGCUAG